AACAAAAUUGCUAAAAUGUCCCAGGUGCAUGACAAUGAAACUUCUGAAGAUAGGGUUGUGGGAAUCCUGUCCAGGUUGCCGCCGAAAUCUCUGAUGCGAUUUAAAUGCAUACGCAAGUCUUGGAGUGCUCUCAUUAAUAGUCCAAGUUUUGUGGCCAUACAGCUUAGCAAUUCCGUUGACAACAAGCUCUUAUCCUCCACUUGCAUCCUUCUCAAUCGUUCUCAAGCGCACGUUUUCCCAGACCAAAGUUGGAAACAAGAAGUUUUCUGGUCCUUGAUUAAUCUUUCCAUUGACAGUGAUGAGCACAACCUUCAUUAUGAUGUUGAGGACCUACAUAUACUGUUUCCAUUGGAAGAUCAUGAUUACGUUCUGAUUCUCGGUUAUUGCAAUGGGAUUGUUUGUGUAACAGCAGGGAAAAAUAUUCUUUUAUGCAAUCCUACAACGAGGGAAUUCAGGCAACUUCCCGAUUCAUGCCUUCUUCUACCUUCCCCUCCCAAGGGAAAAUUUGAAUUGGAAACAACCUUUCGAGCAUUGGGAUUUGGCUAUGAUUGCAAAGCUAAUGAAUACAAGGUUGUGCAAAUUAUAGAAAAUUGUGAGUAUUCAAAUGAUGAGCACACAUAUUAUCAUCGUAUUACUCUUCCUCACACGACUGAGGUAUAUACUACGGUUGCUAACUCUUGGAAAGAGAUUAAGAUUGAUGUAUCAAGUAAAACCUAUUCUUGUUCUUGUCCAGUGUACUUGAAGGGAUUUUGUUUUUGGUAUGCAACGGAUGGCGAGGGGUAUAUACUUUCAUUUGAUUUAGGAGAUGAGAUAUUUCAUAGAAUACAAUUGCCUUCUAGGAGAGAAUCUGGUUUUAAUUUUUAUUAUAUUUUUCUUUGUAAUGAAUCCCUUGCUUCUUUUUGCUCUCAUUUCGAUCGAAGUGAGAACUCUCAAUCAUGUGAAAUAUGGGUAAUGGAUGACUAUGACGGAGUUAAAAGUUCAUGGACAAAACUACUAACCAUUGGACCAUUACAAGGCAUUAAGAAGCCAUUGGCAUUUUGGAAAAAUGACGAGCUUCUUAUGGUUACCUCCGAUAGAAGAGCCACCACUUAUAAUUCUAGUAUUCGACGUUUCAAUUAUCUUCAUAUUCCUCCUAUUUUCAAUAGAGUUGUUGAUUUCGAAGCUCUUAUUUACAUGAAAAGUAUUGUUCCACUUAAGUGA